AUGCGAGUGUUAGUUGACCAAGAGGGUGGAUAUAAGAUUAAGAUUGGUGAUUUCACAUGGCUUUACUCAUCCCAUACUGCUCUGUAUGUGGAUGAUAAAUGGUACUCAUCGGAUGAUGAUUCGCUUCCAUUAACGGGUAUAUCGUUUGCACAGGGUUCGGAUGUAAAUCUAGGGAGCUGGAAUGAAACACAAUUGAAUUAUGAUCUUAUUCGCGGUGGAAUACAUACGAAAAUUGUUGGACAUAUACGACAGUGGCAAACUAAUUCAGCAAUCACAUUUCACUUGGAUACUGGUGAUCAAAUACUAAGUAAUUCGAUGCCCUUGGAUAUGGACAGUGUUCGCACGGUAUUUCCAUCAUUUCAUAUAAAGCAACUGCAUGAAUAUGACCAACUGGGCUUUUUUACCUUUGCCGGAGACAUGUGUGGCGAUGUAUCCAAACAUGCUGGCUGGUGGAAUUCAUCUAGCCAAGUUAUAACCGGAGGGAUGACUGGUGGACCAGUUGUUCUUUUUGAUCUUACUCAACAUGGAGAAAAUGACAUGAUUGUUCUUUCACCCUUUUCUCGAUUUAUGGCAACAUCGUUGAGUCAAACAGAUAGUAUCCUUGAAUACGGGGUUAUGGGUUCAAUGCUGACUAUUCCAGCUAACUAUAAUCAUUCGAUGAUCAUCUUCUAUUCUCCAAAUGGUAUCAACGAAGGCGUCCGCGAAUGGGGCACAAUGAUGCGAAAGGCACAUAAUCGAACCGCUGAACAUCGUCUCAACGAUCUAACUAUUAACUAUCUGGGUUAUUAUACAGAUAAUGGCGGUUAUUAUUACUACAAUACGGAAAAAGGACUCAAUUAUGAACAAACGAUAAUCGAUGUUUAUCAGCAAAUUCGUCUACCGUUUCAUUAUCUACAAUUGGAUUCUUGGUGGUACUACAAGGAUAUUGGUGGUGGCGUAACUCAGUUUACACCGAUGCCAACGAUAUUCCCUGAUGGUCUACAAGCACUUCAUCGUCGAGUAGGAAACAUGCCAUUCGCCGCACAUAAUCGAUAUUGGGCAUUUGAUACGGUUUAUAAGCAAAAUUAUUCCUUCGCUCUCGAUGAAGUUCAUGGCAUCGCGUUACCAAUUGGAAAUGAUUCAUUUUGGUUUGACUUAUUUACUCAAACACACGAUUGGGGUUUGAUUCUUUAUGAGCAAGAUUGGCUUGAUCAGCAAACGUAUAAUUUUACUCCAUUAUUCACGGAUAUUCAUCUCGGACAUCAAUGGUUAACAUCGAUGGGUGACGCAGCCGAAAAAGUCGGAGUGAAUAUUCAAUACUGUAUGAGUUUACCGCGGCAUACUUUAACCGCCCUCGAAGUUCAACGUGUAACACAUGCACGAGUGUCGACGGAUUAUGCAUUUCAUCUGGAACAGACUCGAAAUGCACAACAAUGGGCUAUUGGAAUAUCGAGUAUGUUUGCUGAUGCGGUUGGUUUAGCACCAUUUAAAGAUGUUCUAUGGUCAACAAAAGAUCAGCCAGGACCUGUCGGACCUGGCGAUGCUAUUAAUUAUACAAACAGUUCGCGUAUCAUGAAAUGUUGUCGACAAGAUGGUUUAAUAUUAAAACCAGAUCGACCGUUGACAAUGAUCAACACUUUAGUAUCUGAGUGGGCAUACUACAAUGGUGUUGCACAGGGUGAACUUUAUUCAACAAGGACAACAAUAAGUAACCAAACAUUUCAUACGAUAUUCGCAUCGGCAAUGCAGCUAGAUUAUAUGAUAUCUCCAUCGAUGAUCGGCGCAGAAGCUGGAGUCAUCUGGUCAUAUGACAAUGCUGAUGUUGUUGACACAUUUUCAGAUGUUAAUACUUUAGAUGUUUCAGUUUUCGAUUGUGGCGAUCUAUCAAUAUGCCUUUGGUAUGUGUCACCUUUAAUGCAAUUGAGCGAUCCAGACCGGACAUAUUAUGCUGUUCUUGGUGAAUGGAAUAAAUGGACAGCCAUCAGUCGACAACGUAUUACCGAAAUCAAGCCAGUCAAUAGUACAGUUAUCGUCUCACUUCAAGGUGUACCCAAUGAAAUAGUGCAAAUGCAUGUUUUUCAUGGUGAUCUAUUGUCGAUAAUAGUAAACUGUCAAAUGUCAGCGGAUGUUGGCACAGGUCGAUUAACAAUAACCGCCUCAAAUGUCACUUGUACUUGA